ACAAUCUAUACAGGUCACGUGACUUAAAACGAGGAAGUUUAAAACCAUAUUAAAUGUAACAUUGUAGGGUUAGCUGGAGGAGGGACAGGCCACAUUAAUGAGACGUCAUUAACAGACAUUCGGAGGUUUUGAACAGCACCACAGGAUCAAGAUGAGUCUGCCAGAAGGCCUGUACGACGCUUUUCGCGAAAAUGGCGCCCCAACCUAUUAUGGGCCUAACCAGACGGCUUUUAUGACAGACGUCCUUGAAGCUGGUCUUAUCUUUGCCUUCAUCAUCCUUGCUAUCUCUUUCUACGUUGUCCUUCCUGGAAUUAGAGGCAAAGAGAGAAUCUUCGCUUUCAUUCGAAUCACCUCGUUUUUGUUCAUUGGAGCUGUUAUACUAUUGGCUAACUUCACAUAUGACUGGGAGGUAUCGGAAAUCAAAGAUCUAACCACGAAAUACAAAGCGGGAUCCAAGGCGGACAUCCACGCCGAUGUAGCGGUCCACAUUGGGCUCCGUGGCAUUAACAUCACACUGAAAGGACUACCAGAGAUCCAGAAUGUAGAUAAUCUAAAUGAAACCAUAAACUACAACGAACAUUUUGACUGGAGAUGGGAGCAGGGACGAUUUGGUUUCGGUAUCUUUGCUGGAAGAUUUAACCGUGAGUUCCGGGCUGCCCAGUUCCGAGGUCUCCCACUUCCUGUCCUUUGGAUAGCAGAAUACUUCACUUUCGACGGGGAAGGCAUACGAUGGGGGCGUCAUUACCGCCAGGCGGGCUGGUACGCCCACAUCAUGAUGUGGUUGGCCUUGCCUUUAUGGUUCCUGACAGUGAUUUUGUUCUAUGUCCUUCUUCGCUACGGGGCUUGCAUGUUGAUGCUGACAGGGGCAGUGAUGGUUACAGCCAACAUCAUUUGGUCUUCUAUACGAAACUUCAAUGAAUUGAUCAUUCCCUUUACCGAAACGAAACAACUAGUUUUCACGUAUGGCGGUUCGUACUGGAUCAAUCUUAUAGUUGGUAUCGUUUGUAUUAUUCUCGGACUGAUUAUUUACCUCAUGGACCUGCGAUUCCCAACAGUUAUAUCGUCUUUCUUCGGUGUCGAUGUUCUCCAAGAUCUUGACGAAGUCCAAGAGGAAGACCUCAGUAGCCAGAAGACGGAGAAUGGUGGUAUGGAAAUGGACGAGAUGCCCGGUUCCUCAUCGAAAGGUCACCGCUCCGCACCGCCAGUUCCCGCCGAGGCCGAGAGCGAUGAUGAUGACGACGAGAUAUACGAACCUCCGAUGUUCCACCUACAACAACAAGAAAGGAAGGAUGACCUUUACCAGAAACGGAAGUCCCGCAACCUGACCAAGCGAUGGCAGGCUCCCCGCCGGAGGCCUCCACCUCCUAUUCCUGGGGACGAAUCUCCGGAAGAACUCUACGAAAACGCCGCAUUUAAUCGAGUAUAGGACAGCACCACGACAGUUGGAGACACUAGACUCACUUGUGCGUUCACAGACAAGUCGCCGUUAUAGCAGGAGAUGGGGUCCGUGAGAGACGUCUAUACACUGGUAUUGGUAGUUGUAUUAUAUUAGACUUACCGUUGUCUGGUGCCAUUUAUACGUCCUGUAAUGCCUAUAAUUGAGGAAGUUUGGGAAGAACAGGAUCGUCCUUACGAGUGGACUCUUGUAUACCAAUAUCACCACUAUCAUCAUUAUCUGCCGUUGACUUUCAGACGGGUUCCGCACGUUCAUAUAUUGAUACUUGAACUGUUCAUUAGUUCCAGAGACCUUCUCUGAUUAUAUUGACUUAUACAAGUGUGCCAUACUUCAGCGUAGAAAUACAUGAAGAAUGUUAAUAUGAGGGUUCUUAAAUUGUUUUCUCAUGUUUUCAUAGUUUUCUACUGAGAAGAAUGUUUCUAAAUACACCAAUGUAAAUUUCAUUAACACAUCUGAAAUUAUUAUAUCAUAUAGUAAAUAUUGUAUGUUCUUCAUAUUUGAUAAUCUCAAGUUAGACCAUAUUGUAUAACUACACAAGUUAGCCAUGUAUCACGUGUAAAUGUUUAAUGUACUUCAGUAACACGAAAAUGGUUUCCAUGGUAUAAAUGUUACUUUAUUGAAAUAAAUUUCCGCCAGAUAUUUACAUUCCACAUCCAAAUGAUGUAUUUUGUAUUUGUUGUAUACGUCGCAGCUGAAACAUUCCUUCUCUAUUCUUUACUUAUAAAAUUGAUUUGAUUAAUGAAUUCCUGCAUUAGAUAAAGUUCCUCAACGAGGUUUCAAAUUCGGUGAAUGUUGAUGUAGAGAAUAGGUAAUAGAACUGGUUCGUUUGAAGUAAUGUCUGUAUUGUGUGAUGUUAUUAUGUAGGUUCACAUGAAAUACUAACGUAAUGAAUUUUAAUACAAUAUUUCAUAAUAGAGAUAUAUAUACAAAUUGGAUUGGACAACAGGCUUAGCCUAUACAGGUCCUUUCCAUACUUUCGUUAACAUAAAUAUUAUUAAUAAUUUUAGUGGUAUAGUUGUAAAUAUAAUUAUGUAGAGAAAAAGUAAAAUGGAAUGUUUAUUAUCAAUUUAUGGAAAAGAAAGAUCAUAACUGAGAGGAGAAUUUUGCUUUAUAAUAGAGAAUAAUUUAUUGAAGAGAAUGUCUAACAAAGAAGAGAAAAGAUUAACAAAAAAUUAAAUAUAUAAAUAAGUAGAAAAAUGAAAAAUAGAUAUAACAGUAGUUAAUGGAGAUGAUGAGUAAACAAAAAGAAAAAGAGAAAACCAUCACCUAUCUUCAUACAUACAUACAUACAUACAUACAUACAUACAUACAUACAUACAUACAUACAUACUUUACAUACAUACAUACAUACCUACAUACUUACUUUACAUACAUACAUACAUAACCCGUGCUGCUACUGUAUAAAUAUGUCGGCCGUUUGUUAGCCUCAUUGUAACAAACUCCUAACAGUGAGCCUUUCAGUUUUGUUUCCUCUUCUUCGGGCUAUGGAAUGUACUAAAACAUACAUCACAUAUGAAAUAAAAUAAAACAAUUUUGAAUCGUUAA